GCUCUGUUUCCAUCAUGGCGGCGUCCGGCAGAGAGCAUGUACUUUCACUCUACAGAAUGCUUCUGAAAGAGAGCAAGAAAUUCCCCUCGUAUAACUACAGGACGUACGCUCUGCGGAGGGUGCGAGAUGCGUUCAGGGAGAACCGGACCGUGGGAGAUCCGAAAGCUGUGGAGGAGCUUCUGAAGAAGGCCCGGGACAGUCUGGCCAUCGUUCAGAGACAGGUGUCUAUAGGGCAGAUGUUUGAGAUCCAGAAGACGGUGAUGGAACCGGAGGAAAAGAAGAGCGAUUGAUGUGAUGUGGGAGUGAUGGUCCUCAGACGACAGAACUGAUGUCUAUUCUUCAAACAUCUGCUGGUCAUGAUGGUGAUCUGCAUUGGAGACCUUCAUCAGAAUGGAUCUCACACACACUCUUCCUGUUUACACAUUCAUUUCAGAUGAACACCGUACUGUAUAUGUGAUGUCGUGGAAAUUGUACAUAUUGUAUUUUCCUUGCUUUGUUACGAUAAAUUCAUGCAAGUUACAUUACUUUGAGUGGGUUAUUGGGAAAAAAAGACAGUUUUCAUUGAUCUUUUCACAAACGGUAAAGGUCGAGUGGUUAAAAAUAGCUAAUUCUAUUAGUUUUCAGUCAGCGAUGGCCUAGUAAAACAUGGGGACGGUAUAAAGAUCACAUUACUCAAUGCCUACCAACAGAUUGUGGAUAGCAAAAGCAAACAGUUUUAAAACUCGUUUAAACAUGUGGCCCAGUUAGAAGCGCAUCAUGCAAACAGAGAUGUAGAGAUCUGAAUGAAAUUAUGCAUGCGCAUUUACAUUUAUUCAUGAGGCAGAUACUUGCAUUCAUCAUUGCAGUGUUAAUGAGAAUUAAAAUGAGACUUUAGUGAAUAUUU